UCAUCAAAAGAUUUGGGGGUAAGUUGAACACCCUUUUGAAGCUUAAUGUAGAAAUUAUAAAAAACAAUAAAAUUAACACUUGAUUUUCUGAAGCAAAGUACCAAAUACCAAUUUCCAUUUUUAGAAGUAAAAAAAAAAAAAGGUUUGAUGAAUAAUCAGACAAAAAGAUAAGCCUCCACCACAUCACAAUUUGAUUAUCUUACGCAACGGGCAUAUUUAGUUUCAGCAAGUGCCAUCAAUGUCUCGAGGGAGAGAGCUCUCUGCGACUGCAACCACAAAGAGAAGAAGCUCAAGUCUGCACUGCUGCUUAUCAACAGAAGGCACCUCGCUACUACAAUAAAAAAGUCAGGGAAAGGAGCUUGAAGGUAGGAGAUCUGGCCCCAAGAAAGCUGGAGGCCACAGGAAAGAGAGCUGCAGUGGGAAAGCUAGCACCAACCUAGGAAGGCCCUUUCAGGAUAACCAAAGUUGUCAAACCGGGUGUAUAUCGAAUUGAAGACCUGCAGGGAAAUCCGGAACCCCAUGCUUGGAAUAUCCAGCAUCUGAAGAGGUGAGUGGUGUCUUACUGUUGCAUGAUUAAAGAGCUGGUAAAUUAGGAUCAGACUGUUGAGCCUUGACCAAGACUUUAGCUAUGGGUAACACAAAGAUCUACAUAGUGUAUUACUCCUUAUAUGGACAUGUUGAGACAAUGGCACGAGAAGUCCAGCAAGGAGCUAAUUCAGUUCCAGGUGUUGAAGCAACACUUUGGCAGGUACCUGAGACACUUUCCAAUGUGAUAAUGCAAAAGAUGAAGGCCCCUCCUAAAGCAGAUGAUGUACCGGUGAUUCAACCAGAGCAGCUUUUGGAGGCAGAUGGUUUUAUCUUUGGUUUUCCUUCUCGUUUUGGAGUGAUGGCAGCGCAGUUCAAGGCAUUCUUUGAUGCUACCCAUGAGCUAUGGGCAUCCCAAGCACUUGCUGGCAAACCUGCGGGAAUCUUCUGGAGUACUGGUUUCCAUGGAGGAGGCCAAGAACUCACUGCAUUAACAGCCAUAACUCAGUUAGCACAUCAUGGUAUGCUAUUUGUUCCUCUUGGUUACACAUUUGGCAGUGGUAUGUUUGAGAUGAAUGAAGUAAAAGGUGGCUCUUCUUAUGGUGCUGGAACAUAUGCAGCAGAAGGAACCCGUCAUCCCACAGAAUUAGAACUCCAACAGGCUUUUCACCAGGGCAAAUAUGUUGCUGAGAUAGCCAAAAAGCUCAAAGGUUAGAACCUUCGAGCGAGCUUAAAAUAAUAAUAACAAUAAUGCUAAUGAGUAAUCCACUGGAUUCCAACAAACAAACAUCCAGAUGCCGUGCACAGGCAUUAUAACAGAGAUCUUUGGGGAGUGGGUUUGGGAACUGGUGAUGGAAGCUAGCAAAAGCAAGAUGAUAACACCGUAUGACAGAUUCACUUUAUUAAUUUUUGGAGGAACCAUGACAAUUGGCCCGGUAUCUGAAGCAAUUCAGGGCAGAGGUGAUGGUGGUGUAUUACAGUCUACAAAUGGUGGCUUUUAUGGGUAACCUUGGAAUUUCUGCUGGCUUCUUACGUCACUUUAUUUUCUUAGUUAUGUGAAACAUAAAUGCAAAUUGAUGUGGUGCGAGUAUAGUGGAUUACUUGCUGCUGCAGUUGUAUAUUGCCCUUAUUUAUGGUUUAUAAUUUUUGCCUAAAUAUUUUGUUUUA